AUGGACGACGGCGGUCCCCUCUCUCCAAAGGCAAAUGCUUUCAGUAUUGCCUCUCUGAUUUCGGCUGCAGAGCAAGCAGGAAAUAACGCAGCGUUCGACAAACAGAGAACCGGCCUAGACAAGCCAGACCUGCAUAACCACAGUUCCUUUAAAAUGCACUACAGCACAGUGACCCGGGAAAUGGAAGCCUUCACGACGAGCAGCCUGAGCAGCCUCAACACGCCGGGGGGCUACCACCUCUCCCCGUCCCCCGGGGACCCCUACAUCCAGCAUGAGGCCCACUUCGAGCCCUGCCCGGCCGCCCAGCACAACUACAACUACCCGGGCUCGAACCCGGGCCAGGCCCCGCCGAGCGACGGCGGCGGGACUCCCAACUGCUCGUCGUCCUCCUCCAGCUCCACACCGAACAGCAAGGCGAUGGUGAAGAAGAACCCGAAGGUGGCCAACAUUAACGUGCAGCUGGAGAUGAAGGCUUUAUGGGACGAGUUUAAUUCGCUGGGCACGGAGAUGAUCGUCACCAAGGCCGGCAGGAGAAUGUUUCCAACUUUCCAAGUGAAAAUAUUUGGGAUGGAUCCGAUGUCGGACUACAUGCUCCUGAUGGACUUCCUGCCUGUGGACGACAAACGUUACAGGUAUGCUUUCCACAGCUCCUCCUGGUUAGUGGCGGGCAAAGCUGACCCCGCCACGCCGGGCAGGGUCCACUACCACCCGGACUCCCCGGCCAAAGGCGCACAGUGGAUGAAGCAGAUCGUCUCCUUCGACAAACUCAAGCUCACCAACAACCUGCUGGAUGACAACGGACAUAUCAUUCUGAACUCCAUGCAUCGCUACCAGCCCCGGUUCCAUGUGGUCUACGUGGAUCCCCGCAAGGACAGCGAGAAAUACGCAGAGGAGAAUUUCAAGACCUUUGUGUUCGAGGAAACGCGCUUCACGGCGGUCACAGCUUAUCAGAACCACCGGAUCACACAGCUGAAGAUAGCCAGCAACCCGUUUGCAAAGGGCUUCAGAGACUGUGACCCAGAGGACUGGCCCAGGAAUCACAGGCCAGGCUCUCUGCCAAUAAUGAGUGCCUUUGCCAGAACAAGAAACCCAAUGUCAUCUCCACCUCAGCAGAACGGCACAGAGAAAGAAGACAGUAGACGGGAAUAUGACCGAGACCCCAGCGGCACGCCCAUACACGGUGACCCGGCUCACCAGCUGAUGUCCCGGGUCCUGAGCCCAGCCCUGCCCGUCCCAGGAGGCCUCCACGCCGUCCCGCUCACCAGUGGCCGGCCCAGCCCUCCCCAUGACCUUCGGUCAGACCCCCACUCCUUACCCCCGGACACCCUGCACCACCACCCUUACAAGUACCCCACCACCUAUGAACACUACCUGGGCGCCAAGACCCGGCCGUCGCCCUACCCGUUACCCAGCAUCAGAGGACACACAUACCAUCACCACAUGAACCCAGCUACAGCUAAUAUGUACUCAGCCACAAGCGGCCCCUCUAACUACGACUACGGGCCCAGAUAA